CGACAGAUGGGCAUCAUUAAUACAAUAACAGUGCCUUAACGUUUUAAGAGUGUUUUCUUAUCUGAAAAAAGAGUAGAGAAAACAUUCCCCUCCAAGAAAGAAAGUAGUGCUUAGAACUUAGGAGAAGGACUAAGUUCAGGUUGUUUUCUUGCUCUUUCAGAGCAGUCAUCUAUUGGUUUAUAUUAUCAUUGAAGUGGCAUGUCCAUUUGUUAAUCAAUGAUCACAAGAAUCCCUCUGUUUUUGUCCCACGUGUUUAUCCAAUUCUUGGUUACAGCAGCUUUGACAAAUUCAGAUCAUUAUGUAGCUAUAAAGUCCCUCAAAGAUGGGUGGGAGAAGGUACCACCCAGUUGGAAUGGAGCAGACCCUUGUGGUGAUCACUGGGAUGGAAUUGGUUGCAUAGGCUCAAAUGUUGUUUCAUUAACUUUAGCAAGUUUGAAUCUGAGGGGCCAGAUUUCUGGAGACAUUGAGGGGCUAUCAGAGUUGCAAAUUCUGGAUCUAUCAUACAAUGCAGGUCUGACCGGACCCCUUCCUCAAACAAUUGGUAACUUAAAGAAGCUCUCUAAUUUAAUCCUUGUUGGUUGUGGGUUUUCUGGACAAAUUCCUGACACGAUCGGAUCUUUGAGCAACCUGAAAUAUCUAUCCCUGAAUUCAAACAAGUUUAUUGGCUCAAUACCACCUUCCUUGGGUAAACUUUCGGAACUCUAUUGGCUGGAUUUGGCUGACAAUAAGCUCACUGGACGUAUACCAGUCUCUAAUGGGAGCACACCUGGCCUUGAUAUGCUUGUGGAAACAAAACACUUUCAUUUCGGGAAGAACCAAUUGUCUGGUCCUAUUCCAGCUCAGCUCUUCAGCUCAAAGAUGAAACUGAUACAUUUGUUGCUCGAGCGAAAUCAGCUUACAGGAAGCAUCCCUGAAACAUUGGGACAUGUUCAGUCUUUGGAAGUUGUUCGUCUGGACAGGAACUUGCUGAGUGGAUCUGUCCCAUCAAACCUUAACAAUCUCACUUCCAUCAAUAAUCUGUACCUGUCAAACAAUAACUUAAAUGGUCCCUUUCCCAACCUCAAUGGCAUGAAUUUCCUCGACUAUGUAGACAUGAGCAAUAACACAUUUGAUCCAACAGAUUUCCCAUCAUGGCUCUCUACUUUGACAUCUCUCACAACACUAGUAUUGGAGAAUACAAGACUGCAAGGACCUAUCCCAGCUUCACUUUUUAGCCUUGAUCAGUUGCAGAAUGUCAUCUUGAGGAACAACAAACUUAAUGGCACACUGAGUAUUAGCUCCCACUACAGCAGCCAGCUAGGAUUAGUUGAUUUACAAACUAAUUUUAUAGAUUCAUUUACAGAAAAACAAGGGUAUAAAUUUCAGAUCAGCCUCACUGACAAUCCAAUAUGUCAUGAAGAAGAAGGAGAAGACCUCAAUAGUUAUUGUGGUCUUCCAAAACAGUAUAGUUCCUCCUAUUCAACUGCAGCAAGUUGCUCACCUACUACACAGUGUGGCUUAGAACAAGUACCAAGUCCUACUACUUGUGCUUGUGUUUACCCUUAUUCCGGCAAUCUAAUUUUCAGAGCUCCUUUCUUCUCCAGCUUGGAAAGACGUAUAUUUCUUAGCCUGGAAGAGUCUAUGAUGCAUUCGUUCCAAUCUCAUCAGCUUCCAGUGGAUUCAGUCUCCUUGAGUAAUCCGACCAAAGAUUUGGAUGAUUAUCUGGUAUUGCACCUGCAAAUCUUUCCAUUAGGUCAAAAUCAUUUCAACCGGACAGGAGUAUCUAAAAUUGGAUUUGUUCUCAGCAAUCAAACAUUCAAGCCACCUAAAUCAUUUGGACCGUAUUUCUAUGCUGCCGAUGUUUAUAGAUUCUUUGAUGGUUUGGAGUCUACAAGAUCAGGCAAGUCUUCAAAUACAGUCAUUAUAAUUGGAGCAGCUGUUGGUGGUUCGGUCCUUCUGAUACUAUCACUUUUAGUUGGAGUUUAUGCUUUCCACCAAAAAAGAAGAGCUCAAGAAGCUGAUAAAAAGAAUGAUCCCUUUGCGUCGUGGGAUGCAUCCAAAAGCAGCGGUGGCGUUCCACAGGUACAAGGAGCAAAGGUUUUCUCAUAUGAUGAGGUUGCAAAGUGCACAAAAAACUUUUCAGAAACCAAUAAUAUUGGAUCUGGUGGUUAUGGGAAGGUAUACAGAGGAACUCUUCAUAAUGGACAACUGGUUGCGAUAAAAAGAUCUCAGAAAGGAUCAAUGCAGGGCAGUCCCGAGUUCAAAUCUGAGAUAGAGCUUCUCUCAAGGGUUCAUCACAAGAAUGUUGUUGCUCUAGUCGGGUUCUGUUUUGAUCAAGGGGAACAUAUAUUAAUCUAUGAAUUUAUUCCAAAUGGCACACUGAAGGAAAGUCUGUCUGGGAAAUCUGGUAUCAGGCUAGAUUGGAUGAGGAGACUGCGGAUAGCCCUUGGAGCUGCGAGAGGGCUACAAUAUCUGCAUGACCUUGUUAACCCUCCAAUCAUCCACCGUGACAUAAAAACCAAUAAUAUUUUGCUUGAUGAACGCUUGAAUGCUAAAGUGGCUGAUUUUGGUCUCUCCAAGUCUAUGGGCGAGCUCGAGGGGGGUCAUGUCACCACUCAAGUUAAAGGAACAAUGGGCUACUUGGAUCCUGAAUAUUAUAUGACAAAUCAGUUGACCGAGAAGAGCGAUGUUUAUAGUUUUGGGGUGGUGAUGCUAGAGAUUGUAACGGCCAGGCCUCCUAUAGAGAAAGGGAAGUACAUUGUGCGGGAAGUGAAACAAUCAAUGGUUGCGGCUAAAGAAACACACGAUCUUCUUCUUGGAGUUCUCGACCCGACCAUUUGUUCAAGUGUAACACCUGCAAGCCUGGACAAGUUUGUUGAACUUUCCUUUAAGUGUCUCGAAGACACUGCAUCAAUAAGGCCAACGAUGCGAGAGGUGGUAAAGGAGAUUGAGAAUAUCAUGGUAAUGGUUGGGCUAAAUCCUCAUGCUGAGUCUGCUUCAACUUCAGGGAGCUAUUCAGGAGCAAGCAAAGGCUCCAGUCAUCCUUACAGUGAUGAAAGUCUGUCUGUCUACUCGGUUGUGACUUCAAAGUAAGAUAAGCAGCAGCUUGGGUAUUUAACCAUUUUGUUUUCACAUGGCUUGAUACUCUUUGACAGCCUUAUGAUAUUUGUAUGUGCGAUUAGAGAUGAUGUAGAAAGAUAUUGUUGUGAAAAAUGAGUUCAGUUUGCAAUCAUUUUGGGGAUGGAAUCAAGUGUAUAGGCAAGAUGUGGCACACUCUCGGCCUCUCGGGUGCAACUUUCAAUAUGGGCAUUUUGUAAAUCUUUUUAUAAUUUCUUAUUUUGCAUUUAAAGAGUGCUCAUUUAGUUGUGUUCAUAUUUUAUUUGUUCUGCUCAUGUUUUGUUUUAUUCAACGCUCAUUUAAGUACAAAAAUAUACUCCAUUUGUAUAUUACUCGUAUGAAAUAUGAGUACUCAUGGGAUGUACAUA